AUGCCCAUUAAGAGCAUAUGCUAUUUAGAUGAAAAUGAUGAGAUUCUUUUUUUCUAUUCUACAGAAAAAAGUGAUGAAAUAUCCUCCCGAUUUUCGACAUAUUCUACCCUUAAUAAUAUUAAAAAAAUAAUUGAAAAUGAGCAGAAAUGUGACCCAUAUUUGGGGUAUGUAGGACUAAACCUUUCUUUAUUUAGUUCAUAUAAAAAUUAUGCAUAUGUAAUUACAAUUAUAAAUCUUAAAAUUAUAUUAACAAUUGAUGAUAACAAAAAUAUAUACACUGAUAAUGUCAUUAGAUCCCUAUUUGUAAAAUUGCAUCAAUUUUAUUCUGAUGCGGUUUGCAACCCUUUCUACACUAAUCAUUUAGAAAGCGAAACCUUUUUGAAAAAAAUAAAAAUGUUAAUAGAAUCAUCCUAA